AGAAAUGAUCGAGACAAAGCGCCGUUGACCGAAAAAGAUAGAAUUAAUGCUCCAUGCUAUAAAGAGGACUAUAACUAUAUUUAUUAUCUGAGUUAUAUCCUUUACGCUCCAUUGUAUCUAGCUGGACCAAUUAUUACUUAUAACAAUUUUAUAUCACAGUUACGCUAUCCAUGCCGACCCAGUUUUAAAUCUGUCUCGCUCUACGGUAUUAGACUCGUAGGCUCAAUGCUACUUAUGGAGUUUAUGCUUCAUUACAUGUACGUUGUGGCCAUAGCAAAGGCACAUGCUUGGCAAGGCGAUUCUCCAAUCGAGUUGGGUAUGAUUGCCUACUUCAACUUGAAACUGAUAUGGUUGAAACUUCUUAUAAUAUGGCGUUUCUUCCGGUUCUGGGCAAUGGCCGAUGGAUUUCAAGUGGACGAGAACAUGUUGAGAUGCGCGAGUAAUGUGUAUUCUAUACGUUCAUUUUGGAGAAUGUGGCAUCGUAGUUAUAACCGAUGGACCAUUAG